AACUGGCGCCUGCGCACUUGGUCUCCGCCGCUGCUGUGGUCUCGCGCCCCACCCCCCGUCCCCUCCUCACCCCCCACCCCAGGCUCGCGCUCAGCGGCGGAGGUGGCGGUGCCGCCGGGAGCGGACGGACCCGAGUUGAAGGUGGGGGCGGGGGUCCACCGCCCGCGGCCGAGCCGGCCCUCCUCUCCCACCCUCCCCGCGCCCCCGUCUGGCCCCCAAGGCUAACAGUCGCGCGGCCCAACGCGGCCCACGGACAGGGCGGAGUAGGCGCGAGCCAGGGGACGAGCGGGAGGCAGCGAGGGAGGGGCGCGCCCAUCACCCCUCCCGGCCCAUACCGACCCCGCCUACACCGCGCGGCGAGGACCCUAGGAGUAGCCUCUGUUGGCCUCCAACCCAGGACCCAGCCUCCCGAGUUCUGAUUCUGCCUGCUCUUGCGCCUCUGUGAUCAGAAUCAGGCCUGUUCACCUCUCCGAGCCACAGCUUCCACAUCUACCAGCUGGCUCUGAGGAGCUGGGUCUGUGCCAUUCUCCCAGGCAAGACUCCUGACGGUGGCCCAUGGGCCUCUGAGGAGGCGUUGUAAGUCCACCCAGCUUCCCACUUGCUGUGCUCCCACUCAAUGGGAAGGGAACCAAGGUACCAGGGCCAAGUGGGUCCAGACAUUGACGCAGAUUCUGAGAGGGCAGGUCAAGCAGGCCUUGUCCAGCCAUCAGCCCCGGCCUCUCGACAGCACCAGGAUGGAAGUCAAAGGUCAGCUGAUCAGCUCUCCCACCUUCAAUGCCUCAGCUGUCCUGUUCGUAGAGGCUGCCCCCCAAGUGAAGUCAGAGCGUCUUCGGGGGCUGCUUGACCGGCAGCGGGCCCUGCAGGAGGCCCUGAGCCUGAAACUUCAGGAGCUACGCAAAGUGUGUCUCCAGGAGGCGGAGCUGACUGGCCAGCUGCCCCCUGAGUGCCCGCUGGAGCCAGGUGAACGGCCCCAGUUGGUCCGCCGGCGGCCCCCUGCAGCCCGAGCCUACCCUCCACUGCACCCCAACCCAGCACACCACUCCUUGUGCCCUGCUGAGGAACUGGCUCUUGAGGCCCUGGAGCGUGAGGUGUCAGUGCAGCAGCAGAUUGCGGCAGCUGCCCGCCGCCUGGCCUUGGCCCCCGAGCUGAGCGCCGAGCAGCGCCGGCGCCGGCGCCAGGUCCAGGCAGAUGCGCUGCAGAGGCUGCAUGAGUUGGAGGAGCAGCUCGGGGACGUCCGGGCCCGCCUCGGCCUCCCAGUGCUCCCGCCGCUGUCCACGGGGGCAGUUAUCACCACCCAGGGAGUCUGCCUGGGCACGCGCCUCGCUCAGCUCAGCCAAGAGGAUGUAGUUCUGCACUCGGAGAGCAGCUCCCUCUCAGAGUCUGGGGCCAGCCAUGACAAUGAGGAGCCUCGCGGCUGCUUCCCUCUGGCUGAGCGCCCCUCGCCACCCAAGGCCUGGGACCAGCUGCGGGCGGUAUCUGGGGGCAGCCCUGAGCGACGAACUCCGUGGAAACCACCUCCGUCAGAUCUUUAUGGGGAUCUGAAGAGCCGGCGGAACUCUGUGGCCAGCCCCACCAGCCCCACGCGCUCACUGCCCAGGAGUGCCUCCAGUUUUGAGGGGCGAAGUGUGCCUGCCACCCCUGUCCUCACCCGGGGCGCUGGCCCCCAGCUUUGCAAACCUGAAGGCCUCCAUUCUCGCCAGUGGUCCGGCAGCCAGGACUCCCAGAUGGGCUUCCCGCGGGUGGACCCUGCCUCCGACCGCACCUCCCUCUUUGCAGCUCGCACCCGCCGCAGCAACAGCUCCGAGGCCCUGCUAGUGGACCGGGCAGCUUGUGGGGGAGCUGGCUCCCCACCUGCACCUCUGGCUCCCCCUGCCACUGGCCCCCCGGUCUGUAAGAGCAGUGAGGUGCUGUAUGAGCGCCCCCAACCAACCCCUGCCUUCUCCUCCCGCACAACAGGCCCCCCAGACCCUCCCCGGGCUGCCCGGCCUAGCUCAGCGGCCCCUGCCUCCCGCGGGGCCCCCCGGCUCCCGCCUGUGUGUGGGGACUUCCUCUUGGACUAUUCCCUGGACCGGGGCCUGCCCCGCGGUGGCAGCGGGGCAGGCUGGGGGGAGCUGCUGCCUGCAGCCGAGGUCCCGGGAGCCCUCUCCCGCCGGGAUGGGCUCCUUGCCAUGCUCUCAGGCCCACCACCUGUGUAUGCAGCUGACGGCAGCAGCCCCCUCCUCCGCAGCAAGGACCCCCACACCCGUGCCACCCGCACCAAGCCCUGUGGCCUGCCCCUGGAGGCCGCCGAGGGUCCAGAGGUGCAUCCAAACCCUCUGCUGUGGAUGCCCCCACCCACCCGUAUUCCCCCGGCUGGGGAGCGCAGCGGCCACAAGAACCUUGCCCUGGAGGGGCUGCGGGACUGGUACAUCCGGAACUCGGGACUGGCCUCGGGGCCCCAGCGCCGGCCUGUGCUCCCCCACAUGGGCCUGCAACACCCACCCUUCCUCCAUGCCCGCUGCUAUGAGGUGGGCCAGGCGCUGUAUGGGGCCCCCAGCCAGGCGCCGCUCUCACACUCAAGAAGUUUCACGGCGCCCCCUGUCUCCGGCAGGUAUGGGGGGUGCUUUUACUGAUGGGUAGGGGUCUCUUGAGGCAGAUGGCAAAGGCAUCCAGGCCAGGGAGAAGCUAGUCAUGAUAGCUAAUGACUUGGACCACAAGAGAACUAGCUGCAGCCUUGGCCUGGGGUCCCUGGGCCCUGCCUGAGCUGCAUUAGUCCACAGGGUCUCGGUGGAGGGGUAUCUUGGGCCAUGGUAGCAGUAGUUCUUUACAAAGCUAUAGAAGAAUUUUGAUAUUUUAACAACCAGUGCAUGUCAGCUGAAAAUGAGCCUUGAAACCAGGGUGCUGGCAGGAAGGGACAUCCCAUGUGCCUCGCCUUUCUCUUCCUCUUUUCACUGCGCCCUACCCUUGCAAGCCUAAAGGUGCUGUCCUGUGCCUGCCUCUGCCUCUUUAACGAGCCUCUUUUCCUCUCUUUCUGUGUCUUGUCCGUCUUUUCCUCUCUUCUCUGUCUUCCCCCCCGUCCUCCGGAUUCCUGCUACCCCUUCUAAAGAUACUACGCGGACUUCCUGUACCCCCCGGAGCUGAGCGCUCGUUUAAGUGACCUGACGCUAGAGGGGGAGCAGUCCUCCAGUUCUGACCCCCAGACCCCGGGGACACUGGUCUGACACCUUCUGAUAUGCCCCUUGUUGGCCUGGGCAUGACUCCAGUCGGGGGAGCACACAGCUAACUUCGCUGAGCCCUGGGGUGUGGUUGCUCUCGGUCCUGGGCUGGGGCGCCAACCUGAUCUUCAAAGGCCCCUGGCUCCCCGCGGGUCCACGAAGGUGUCUGACACCCUGCUUCUCCUCUCACACUGUGCUGGGAACUGGGGGCCCUCAGCAAGCUUAAAAGAGGGGGGAUGGUGUAAUGGGGACUCCAAGCCCCUUCCUCCAUUUCUGUUUACAGUUGUGAUUUAGGUAUUCACUGUCUUCCCCUAACACUAGACGUUUUAUGAAAGGGAAACUGUGAUCUCGUCCUGGUUGGGUUCAUUCCUGUCCCUGUGCCCAGCCUAUUCCAUUCAGGAACUCCUCCACAAAAUGGACCAUAUAGGGUCUCAGGACCCUGUUUGGGGCAGCCAGGAGACUCGUGUUAACAGAACUCCCUGCCACUCCUCACCAGGGCAGUUCUUGGGGAUGUGGGCUCUCUGCCCACAUUUGGAAGGACUGGAGUCUGGGUAGGGGGCUUGGGUUCAUUUUCCCAACCCCGGGGGUGCCUGAAGGAGCCCCAGGCCUUGUCUGCCUGUCUGUGCCCACUGCCUCUGCCCACAGGGUGAGAUGGCACAGCCUUCAGCGGCAGCCUCCGCCUUGACUAUCCCCAGUCGGGAGGCCCCGCAGGAGGGCCAAAGGGCAGAGCCAUCGGGUGUGUUGUGUCCUGGGAUGCUGCGGUGGUGGAACCUGGCAUCUGGUAGAUGCCAGUAAAAUCCUCAGGUGACGUCUGGCCACAGGCUACGUCACGUCUUCCUUGGCUUUCUUUCCAUCCACCACUUUUUAAACAAAUCCACACAAGCUGUGUUUUCUAUACCUGUCUGUGACUUUCUGGAGCUGGGGGUUCCCCUGCCCCCUUUACCUGGUGUUAAACUUUUCUUUUUGUACCAGUGGAUCUGGGCCCAAGACACUACCCACACUGGAAGGGGAUUUCUAUAAUAAAUGUGUAAACUGAA